CAAUGCUAAAAUAGAUUUUAUAUGGUAUGUGCAAAUAAGCUCAUAACAAGCUCAAAGUUUUGACAUAUUGGCUGUAAAACAGGAAAGCGAGCAGCUGAGAUCAUGAGUUCACCACCCACACCUUCACUAGACACGUCUGCAGGAAAAUCACUCAGGUACAUCAAGACCUGGCAUCACAUAUUCCUUUCCCAAAACUUUUUGGUUUAUUUGUUUGUUUGUUUGUGUUUUUUAACAAGAAGGACCUGCAGCUUCUAGGUGAAGAGGUCUGGUUGGGGAAAAAACUAAACAAAAACAAAGAAACCCACACACCUCUUAUCCUAUUAACAGACAUUUAAAUUUUUUUUUUUUUUUUGUGUGUGUGUAUUCUGACUAAAUAUAUUCAUGCAAUAAGCAUCAACAAAUUACAAAUAGCAACAAAUAAUGAGAAAAGGUAUAAUUGCUUAUUGCUUUCAGUUCAUUUAAUGCUUUUAAUUCGAUCCUUGGUGUUGACACUGGCAGUCAAGUUGAGCACUUUGCAAUGCAUCAUGGGAUUCAUUAUACAGCUGUGGCUAUGAUUGGAAAGGCACACUUAUUUAAUCAUACUGUGACCAGUCGGUUGCCUCCCCCCUUUAUUGUCAUCACCACCCCGUCCCUUAUUCGCCGCCCUUCACCAGGCUCCCGACAGGAGUGGGUGUGAGAGGAGGGGCGUGGAAACAGCGAGGGCUGGCGGCGUGUGAUGAGGCACAGCUGGACUGAAUGAAGCCUCAUCACCGCCGCUGUUUAAAUGCCAAGCGCGCCUCUCCUCGAGAGACCGGUCUCUUCCCCCGUGCAUGCACGCUGGUGUCCUCGUGGGUCCAGGAAGGGAGUGUAGCGGGACUUUCGCGCCACCAGAGUCGUGAGCUGCCGAACCCGUGGACGGUCGUCGGGCCAGGAUGCCGGGCCGAACAAGUCCCGCCGGACUCCGCGGAGGAAGAGGAAGAGGAAGAGCCGCCGCUAGGAUGAAGCCGCCGCCGCUGGCGCCCCGGACCCGAGCGGGAGCGCGUGCGGCCGCCGGACUCCGCCCCUUACCUGGACCCUCCCUUCCAGAACACUGCCCUCCUUCACAAGCAGUACCGCCGCUCCCUAUACGCAGAAUUGUUAAGGAUCCGACGAGAUGUGAGACAUGCAGAUCCAUUUGCAAGCUUUAUUCCAAGACGUGGUCACAAAAGGCAACGGUCAAACAAUGGCAAACAGAUUCAUCCGCGCUGGAGCCGUGCCGGAACACCAGAUCACAACCUCGCGCACUGAAGAUAAUUCCACGCAGAGCUGUAAUUCCAGGUUUUCAAUCAGAGAUGGCGACAAAGAGGCAAAAUUUAUGGACUGCAGUUUUAACUUUAUGUACUUCUUUUUCCCAAGGGAUCUGUGUCAUGAAUCUGGUUCAUGGACUUCCAUCUGCUAGCCACCAGAGGUCGCCCUCCAAUUACAUUGACUUUCACAGCAGACAAUCUGUUACACAUCACCCUGGACUACAUUUCCUAUGUUCCAUUGCACUGAUUGCACACAGCUGUACCAAUCACACGCUCACCUGAAAGCUAUUACACACACCAUAUAACAUGCACUCAGUUCCUGCACAGAUCGCUGAGUAUUGUUCUAGCGUUUAGCACUCUCCUACUGUUAGCUGCCUUACCGAGCCUUUUUGUGUUUCUGUUUAGUCUCAAGUAUUGUUCUGCGUUUAUCUCUCACUGAGUGAUAGCUGCUUUACUGAGUCUAGUCUUCAGUUCUAGUUAGUCUAGUCUUUUCGUGUUGCCUUGUUUCCUGUUUCCUGCCUGUGGAUCUUGGAUUAACCCUUGUUUUACCGUUCGGACUCUGUUUGUUCCUUACUUGGAUUAUUGCUCAUGUUAUUGGACUACCUCUCUUCUCAAGCCCUCUGGAUACUGCCUGUGUUUACCUGUUUGCCACUGUUUGAACCAUGCCUGUU